AUGUACACAGUCACACUAGAGAAAGGCUUUUUCAUUGUGAAAUCUUUUAGCAAUAAAAGGACGAACAAAUACAAACAAGCGAAAAAUCUUUUAACGGCCAAAUGGAGCACCCUAACUAAACACAAACGCAUUCAUACAGGGGAGAAACCAUUUCACUGUGACGUCUGCGGUAAAUCAUUUUCUGGAAGUAGUGACUUGACUCAACAUAAGCGCUUUCAUACAGGUGAAAAACCAUAUCAGUGUGAUAUCUGUAGUAAAUCAUUCUCACAAAGUACUCACUUGACUGUACACAGGCGUAUUCACACAGGGGAAAAACCAUAUCAGUGUAAUAUCUGUGGUAAAUCGUUUGUUGAAAGCAGCCCCUUAACUGUUCAUAAGCGCAUUCAUACAGGAGAGAAACCAUUUCACUGUGAGGUGUGUGGUAAAUCAUUUUCUCGAAGGAGCACCCUAACUAAACACAAACGCAUUCAUACAGGGGAGAAACCAUUUCACUGUGACGUCUGCGGUAAAUCAUUUUCUGGAAGUAGUGACUUGACUCAACAUAAGCGCUUUCAUACAGGUGAAAAACCAUAUCAGUGUGAUAUCUGUAGUAAAUCAUUCUCACAAAGUACUCACUUGACUGUACACAGGCGUAUUCACACAGGGGAAAAACCAUAUCAGUGUAAUAUCUGUGGUAAAUCGUUCGCUGAAAGCAGUCCCUUAACUGUUCAUAAGCGCAUUCAUACAGGAGAGAAACCAUUUCACUGUGAUGUCUGUAACAAAUCAUUUUCUCAAAGUAGUGAUUUAGCUGGUCACAAACGUAUUCAUACAGGAGAGAAACUAUAUCUAUGUGAUAUUUGUGGUAAAUCUUUCUCUUGCUUAAAUGGCUUAAAUAUUCAUAAAUAUGUUCAUUCUGAAAAGAAGCCAUCUGACUGUGAUAUCUGUGGUAAAUCAUUUUCGUAUAAUUACUUAAAGAGACAUAAACUUAAGCAUAGAGUUUAGAAACCAUAUCAGUAUGUCAUCAUCAUUUAACAUCCAUUUUCUAUGCUCGCGUGGGUUUGACGAUUUGACUGAAAGCUGGUAAACCGGGGAGCUAAACCAGAUUCCAAUCUGAUUUGGCAUGGUUCCUAUGGCUGGAUGCCCUUCCUAACACCAAGAGUCUAGUGAGUGUUUUUUAUGUGCCUUUGAUGUGACACCGGCAUCAAUCUCACUUGGCUUGACAGGUCUUCAGAAGCACGGUAUAUCGCCAAAGUUCUCAGUCACCUGUCCCUGCGUCCAUGAGGCCCAAAGCUCAAAUGGUGCUUUUUACAUACCACCAGCACAAGUGCCAGUCAGAUGACUCUAGCAUUGGCCACGACUUCAAUUUCAAAUUGACAGGUUUUCUAAAGCACAACAUAUCACCCAACGUUUGAAGGGUGCUUUUUAUGUGCCAGCUAAACAACACUGGCAUCAGCCUUAUCAUCAGUUGUUCAAGUUUCUGUCUAUGAUAAUGAGGUUAUUGUCAGGUGUUGACGGAGUCUGCUGAAAGAUCUCAUAAAGGAACUCCUGUAUUUCUGACAGUCUUGUCAUCAGUAGGGGUAGAAGCUGUCUGAACUUUGCCCAGGCAAUUCUUAUUCUAGUGGUAACACUCUCUGAGCAUCCACCUCCACUACUGUCUUGGUCCCCUAAGUAGCAGAAACUACCAACUACUUCUAGUUUUUCCCCCUGGCAUGUGAUGGAAUCUGUUUUCUGAGCAUCUGUGAUGUUUAUUGCCCCUGUGCAUCUGCCACACACGAAAGCUAUCUUCCCAGUUAAUCUUCCUUUGAUGUUGCUGCACCUCUUAUGUAUCCAUAGCUUACAUUUAUGGAGUUUCUACUUACACCUUUUCUACAGAUUGAGCAGGGUCACCUACCUGAAGGGGUGUGUGGUGUGUUCGCCUUCCUGCUUACUAGAACUUUGGUCUUUGCAACAUUGACUUUAUGGUCCUUCAACCUUGCUUCCAUGCCUGGAAUUUCUUCUCUAGUUCUGGUACUGAUUCUGCUAUGAGGGCCAGGUCAUCAGCAUAGAGGAGCUCCCAGGGGCAACCUGUCUUGAAUUCCUCUGGUAUUGCCUGGAGGACUACCUGGAAUUCUUCACUAUACUCAUUGCCAACCCUAACCUUAUUAAUGGCGUCUCUGUGGAGGGCCUGUAUAGCCCUUAUUAACCAUUCAUCAAUCCCCAGCUUCCGCAUCACCCACCAGAUAAAGGAUCAGGGGAUCCUGUUAAAGGCUUUCUCCAAAUCCACAAAAGCCAAGUAUAGGGGGUUUAUCUUUGGCUAGGUGUUUCUCCUGCAUUUGCUGUACCAGGAAUAUAGCAUCAGUGGUGCUUCUACCUGGCACAAAACCGAACUGCAUCUCAUCUAAGCGGACUCUCUCCUUAAUUAGUUGGGCUGUGACCUUCAUCACCUGAUCCAGCAGUUUGAUACCCCUGUAGUUAUUUCUAUCUAAAGCAUCACCUUUACCCCUGUAGCAGUUGACUAUGGUGCUGCUAUGCCAGUCAUUGAGUAUGACUCCAUCAUGAACUACCUGGUUUACAAUACGGGUGACUAGGCCAUAGCUCACACCACCAGAUGUUUUAAGCAUCUCAGCAGUGAUUCCUAAUGGGCUGGGGGCUUUUCCUGGAUUCAUACCCUUAAUUGCUUUAUCUACCAGGGAGCUGUCUAUUCAGAUAGCUGGUCCCUCUACUGGGUCAACAUUUGGCAGGCUCCCCUCCUCCCAUUCAUUCUCCACAUUCAGCAGUCUUUCAUAAUGGCGCUUCUCCAAGCCUCUUUCUUUUCAGAAUCAUUAAAAGCAAGUGCACCAUCAUCCAUGUGGACACAUUUCUCUCCUGUGACAUCACAGUUUUGUCUCACACACUGUCUUGCAAUCCGAAAUACUUCAGUUCUUUGACCCUCACAUCACUGGACAUCAUCUUGAAUAAUUUCACCAUCAAUGUCUGCCUAAGUAAAUCCUUCAAAAUCAUUGUCUGAGUCAGAAUCAAACAAGAUUUCUUUCAGAAAAGCUUCAAAUGCAGGAGUGGCCAUUUACAUUCAGUAAAAAUAAAAUCUAAAAGAAACUGCAAUCGAUUUUGAAGAUUGGUUACCUCGUGCUUAGAAUAUAAACAAUGAAAAUAACACCAGAAAAGAAAAGUUUAGCCUCAUUCUGAAUCAAACGUACCCUGUUUAUUGGAAAUAAACUUAGCAAUGUGACAAAAUGCAGCUACAAGGAAAGAAACUCAUGUGGAGAACAGUGCAGAGAAGGUUUAAAAUUCAUCCUACAAGAUAAAUAUACAUGACUAUACAACCCCUUCUUUCAUACUUUAACCUCUUAUCUCCCUCUUUAAUGUAGCUCUGCUCAGUCGAAGGGGAUUUCAGUCUUGCACGCUGCAUAGUAGCUUCAUUGGUACUAGUAUCAUGACAAAAGCACCCAGUGCACUAAGUGAAGUGAUUGGUGUUAGCAAGGCCACCCAGCUGCAGAAGCAAUGCCAGAGUAAAUACUAGAAGACAAAGCAGUCCCUGGACCUGUCAACAUGUUCAAGCCAUGCGAUCUUUGAAGGUGGAAAUUAGAUGAUGAUUAUGCUUUGGCACAGGAAAAAUGAUAUGACUGAUAACAAUAUUUCAUAUUUUCUGUAGCUAUAUAUACAAUAAAAGAUGAUAUAAUUGAA